UUUAUCUAUCUAUUUAUCCAUUCAUUUAUUUUUUCAUUAAUUUAUCAGUAAAACGUUCGAUUUUUACUAAUACUACGAUAGAAUAGUUGAUUCUAUGCGUGCAUGUAUAUUGCACUCUAAGAAAUUGUUGAAAAUAGGAUACACACAGCAAAUUAAGACUGAGCUAGGUAGUUAAUUUCACGGCCUAAUUAUAAGCAUUAGUCGAACAGUUAAUUAAGAAAUGUAAUACACCGAUUAUAAUGAGUCCUUUGCCCAGUGAUUAUUCUCUGGAACAGUGAAUUCUGAAAAUGCGUUAAUUCUGGGAGACUUGGCGUGCCGAAACAUCUACUCUCUGCAAAUAUGGCAGCAAGUUAAUUUCUUAUAACUAAAUUUAUAAUUAAACUGAAACCAAUUCGAGAAGUUGAAGCAAACGUGAACAUGUAUGUACAUAUAUCUUUUUUUCUAUACGGCACAAAUUGGUUUACUAGACCAUAAGCAACAGUAUAAAAUAUAGGCACGAGUGGGCAGAGGCAGACUAAGAGGGGGAGUCAAUAUAAAGCAGCUCCAUUCUUUCACCGAAACAAUAUUGGAGAAGUCAUUGUACUGUUGAGAGAUAAGUACUAAAUCUAGAAUCGUGUAAGAAGGUUUCCUUGUUUUCGAUAAAUAAUUGAAUUUUGCUUUCCUUAUACAUAAGAAAAAAUUAACCAACUAAAUUUUACAAUGUGUGACGACGAUGUGGCAGCUUUGGUAGUUGAUAAUGGAUCAGGAAUGUGCAAGGCAGGAUUUGCAGGAGACGAUGCUCCACGUGCAGUGUUCCCUUCUAUUGUGGGAAGGCCACGAUAUCAGGGUAUCAUGGUUGGUAUGGGGCAAAAAGACAGUUACGUAGGAGACGAAGCUCAAAGCAAACGGGGUGUUUUAACAGUUAAAUAUCCAAUUGAACAUGGCAUUGUGACAAAUUGGGACGACAUGGAAAAAAUAUGGCACCAUACAUUUUACAAUGAAUUGCGAAUCGCUCCAGAAGAACAUCCCGUACUUCUGACAGAGGCUCCUUUAAACCCAAAAGCUAAUCGGGAAAAGAUGACACAAAUCAUGUUCGAGACAUUUAAUUCUCCAGCAAUGUACGUUGCUAUACAAGCGGUUUUGUCACUUUACGCUUCAGGACGCACUACCGGUAUCGUAUUAGAUAGCGGUGAUGGAGUUUCGCACACGGUGCCGAUUUACGAGGGAUACGCAUUACCGCAUGCGAUUUUACGUAUGGAUUUGGCUGGUCGCGAUUUAACGGAUUACCUUAUGAAGAUUUUGACGGAGAGAGGAUAUUCUUUCACAACGACCGCCGAACGUGAAAUUGUCCGAGACAUUAAAGAAAAAUUGUGCUACGUUGCUUUAGAUUUUCAACAAGAAAUGGCUACAGCGGCUGGUUCGAGCGCUCUGGAAAAGAGCUACGAAUUACCAGAUGGCCAGGUGAUCACAAUCGGUAACGAACGCUUCCGGUGUCCAGAAGCGAUGUUUCAGCCAAGUUUCUUGGGCAUGGAAUCGUGUGGCAUUCACGAGACAACGUACAACUCGAUCAUGAAAUGCGAUGUCGACAUACGUAAAGACUUGUACGCGAACUCGGUGUUGUCGGGCGGUACCACCAUGUAUCCAGGUAUAGCGGAUAGGAUGCAAAAGGAAAUAACGGCACUGGCACCGUCUACGAUGAAGAUCAAGAUAAUCGCGCCUCCGGAAAGGAAGUACUCGGUCUGGAUCGGUGGCUCGAUCUUAGCCAGCUUGAGCACCUUCCAGCAAAUGUGGAUCUCGAAGCAGGAGUACGAUGAAUCGGGGCCGUCCAUCGUACAUAGAAAGUGUUUCUAAUUUAUACUCAUUCCACUAUAAUCGUCUAUCACAGUCCGGUUCUGGUUUUGACAAAAAAUGUCGACAUGCUGUACGAAAUAAUCUUAUUUAUUCAAUAUCUCUUAUUCCUAAAGUGUAACUCGAUCGUAUUAUCUAUAUACAGAACAUUUCGUAAGCGGGGCUUGAUUCGUCGUAAUUGUUUUAAUCGCAUCGAAAACCUUUGUUGAGUUUAUAUAGUUUUAAAUAGGUUUCUUUUUCAUAUUAUUAAAGCGAUUACGUAUUUUCCACGUUUAUUGAACCACCAUGCAGUUACGAAACAUCCUGUAUAUGCAAUGCCGAGAUAAUAUAUGUAUUAUAUAUUAUGUAAUUUAAUAAAUAUAUUUUACAUAUAUUAUAUUUCAAUUCGAUUAAGUUCGAAACAUGUACGUAUUUAUUUAUACUUGUGUACAUACGUAAACGUGUUGCGUAAACGUAUGCGCAUGGUCUCACAUACACAAUCGGAGAUAAAUGUAUAAACGUCAUAUACUCAUAUACAUAUAUGUAUGUAUCUACGUAUGAACGAUGACGAGCGCGCGCGCGCGCGCGCCUGUAGGUACUGCCUAUGUAUGUAUGCACAUAUAUGUAUGUACUUACGUACGAAUGCAUUUAUAUGUAUACAGAAUACAGAUCCCGAAGAUUGCAAUUUGUAGGAGUUGGAAAUCUCAUCGAUUCCAAAUUUAAAGAUUUAAUUGUUCAAGUUUUUAUAGACAAAUGUACCAACGCGCGAUAACAAAUCAAACGAUAUAACGCAGUUGUAUACUGGAAUUGUGAAUGGUUACCUAUUUCUUUUUCUACUACAUACACAUAUAUGUAUUAAGUACAAUUUAUAAAUAAAAAUCAUUGGAAUUAAACAAUCGAUCAUUAAGUUUGUAUAAAAAUGCGUUAUGUUAUUUUUUACGUAUUUUCAAUACACACUCGAGAAAAUUUUGGAUAACAAUAAAAGACUGUUUAACAAAGA